AUGUCAAGUACGCCUUCUGCUCCGAAUAGGGGCCUUGUGGUCUUUUCUGGAGGAAGUGCUGCCAAUAACCUUGUCGAGGUCUUUAAUUCUGUCAGGGAGAGCAAGGAUUGCCCCCUUAGUUAUAUCAUCCCAAUCAGUGAUAAUGGAGGCUCAUCUUCGGAGCUGAUCCGGAUUUUUGGGGGGCCUGGUAUCGGCGAUGUGAGGAGUAGAUUGGUCCGUCUAAUUCCACCGUCGCCCCCCAACUCAGAGCGAGCUGCCAUUAAAAAAUUAUUCAACUAUAGGCUCCCGGCAGACGAGUCCGCUCACAGCGAAUGGCUUGCCAUCGUGGAUGGGACAUCAUCUCUAUGGAAGUCAAUCACACCCGCAAAGAAAGAGCUUAUCAGAUCCUUUUUCAACCUACUUAACCUAGAGAUCCUCAAGCGCGCGCGGCCGCCCUCAUCGACCUUUGACUUUUCGUCCGCAAGUGUCGGCAAUCUGUUCCUCACUGGUGCCCGGCUCUUCAGUGGGAGUUUCGAGAGCGCAAUCUACCUCCUAGGCAGCAUCUGCGACGUCUCCUCAGAUCUCAUCCGUGUCAUCCCUGCCAUCAACUCUAAUUUCUCCCAUCAUAUUUCGGCGUCAUUGGCCAACGGGACCAUCAUCGUGGGUCAAAACAGCAUUUCGCAUCCUAGUCUCCCACCACGUCCGGCAUCGCCACGACCGAGGAAAGCCCUUCAUGCUGAAGAAAAUGGAAACGGCGCAAACGCCGAACUGGCAAUAACGAUCGACUACACCGAGCCGUCUGAUGUCCUUGAUACAGCUCUCUACGAAGACGAUCAACCACCAGGAUUCCUCCCGCACUUGCGCAACAAGAAUAUUAACUUCUCUAAAUCCGAGAAUGAGGAUCUCCCAGCCCGCAUUACUAGGGUGUGGUAUAUUAACCCUUACGGCCAAGAAAUCAGGCCGCGCGCCAACCCGCGUGUCCUGGAAUCCCUGCGCGAUGCACAGGCAAUAAUUUACAGCAUCGGAUCGCUAUAUACGUCGCUCAUCCCUAGUAUAAUCCUGCAGGGCGUCGGGCAAGCCAUUGUCUCGUCUCCAGCACGCCACAAGAUUCUUAUCUUGAACGGUUCCCUAGAUCGAGAGACCGGUCCCUCUUCAGAUCCAUUCACGGCUGCGGACUUUGUCGAGGCGAUUACCCGCGCGGGAGAGGAAAGUCGCGGCCGAGUGACGCUUGAACCUCCACAAUCUCCACCGUCUACUUCAAGUUUGGGAUCUACAACUGGUCCCGGAGCAUUCCCCUCUUUAUUCCCAAAUGGACAUGGAUCCAGCAAGUCCGCCCUGCCCUACACCUCAUACAUUACACAUGUCCUUCACCUCGAAGGACCCGGGACACCACAUGUGGACAAAGACCGCCUCGCCGAGAUGGGGAUUGAGACGCUUCGUCUUUACGGACGGAAGAUUGUAGCGUCGACUGAUGGCGCGGAGGCUGAAGUUCCUAUUGGGAUGAGGUAUGAUUCUAAUGGCUUAAUUCAGGCGUUAGAAGUUGUGCUAGGGAAGAAGGGGGAUGGGAUGAUAAGGGGAUCGGUCAGUCGGAGGAAUACGCUGGACCCGGGGAGAAAGAGGGGUGCUUAG